GUCCUCCUCAACGUCCUCAACGUCCUCCUCCUCCUCCUCGCCGUCCAGCACAUAAACAGCAACCAGCAUACAUUAGCUGGCUGUCGUGAUUGUUGCUUGCCCACCGCGUUCUUAAUCACCUCUCACUCCCUUUCUCCAUUCAUAAAUGGCCCAUCUUAUGCCAUCAGGAAAGUGGGACGCCCGGAACCUCGGGCCCGUACCCCACGACUCGAUCUACUACGCCAAGUGCAUGCUCGGCGGUGCCCUUGCUUGCGGUCUCACCCAUGCCUCUAUCACCCCGCUCGACGUCACCAAAUGCAACAUGCAGGUCGACCCGGCCAAGUACCGCGGUCUUACCUCGGGCCUCAGCCUCAUCAUGCGCGAGCAGGGCGCAGGCGCUAUCUGGAAGGGUGUCACCCCGACGCUGAUUGGCUAUUCCCUCCAGGGGAUGUUCAAGUACGGUCUGUAUGAGACAUUCAAGGAUGCCUACAUGAACCUCGCUGGCGAGGAGGGUACGGCCAAGUACAAGCAGCUCAUCUGGCUCGCCGGUUCCGCCUCUGCCGAGGUGUUCGCUGAUAUCGCUCUCUGCCCCUUCGAGAUGACCAAGGUUAAGAUGCAGACUUCUCCCCAUGGUACUUUCCCCACCCAGUUCGGCACUGCAUGGGCAACGAUGCGUGCCCAGUCUGCAACCACCCGUUUCCCGUUCGGCUCCAUCGUCCCACUCUGGUCUCGUCAGAUCCCGUACACGAUGGCCAAGUUCUACUUCUUCGAGCGCAUCGUCCAGGCCUUCUAUGACAACAUCUUCACCGCACCCAAGUCGACGUACAGCAAGCAGACCCAGCUCGGCGUUACCUUCGCUUCCGGUUACCUUGCCGGUGUGAUCUGCGCCAUCGUCUCCCACCCGGCUGACACGCUCGUCUCCCUCAUGGGCAAGGACGCGAACAAGGGCAAGAGCGUCGGCACGAUCGCGAGCGAGACUGGUAUCCUCAACCUGUGCACCAAGGGCCUCGGCACCCGUGUGCUCAUGAUCGGUACCCUCACCGGCUUCCAGUGGUGGAUCUACGACUCGUUCAAGACGGCCAUGGGCAUGGGCACGACCGGUGGCAAAUAAUCGCAUCGCCUCCAAUGCAGAUAGCGGCAUGUGGUGCUCCCCUUCCCCCUCACCAAAACUCACGACAUGUCCCCCUCACGUCCAAACCUAACAAUAGCGAUCUAGUCCUAACGUCUUAGCCCUUAGUCCCUGUUCGCUGGUUUCUCCCCUUCCUGCACACCGCACACCGCACACCGUACCCCCGCAUGCGCGAACUGGUCAUGUUUGUUUUUCUCUCCAAAAUCCUAGUCCUGUAGCUUUUUUCUUUAAACUCGAUAGACUUCGUUGUUCCUGAAUAUAUCUGUUCACGGC